AUGAAAGACCGGCUCCCAGAGUUGCUGGAAUUAUCCCAGCAGUAUGACCAACGGUUUCCUAAUGAGGCUGAUACAAGGCACGAUUCCCGGGAGAACAUCAUAUUCGAGACGGAUCACAUCCUGGAAUCUUUGUACAAAGACAUCCAAGACAUCCAGACAGAGAAUCACCUGUUAGUCGUGGACGUCAAGCGCUUGGGCAAGCAGAACGUCCGCUUCCUCACCUCCAUGCGCCGCCUCAGCAGCAUUAAGCGGGACACCAACUCCAUUGCCAAGGACAUCAAAACCCGGGGAGAAGCCAUCCACAAGAAGCUCCAGACCAUGAAAACUUUCUGCGAGGUAGCCGAGCUGAAGCACGGCGCCAAUUCCGCCAUGGCCCGAAUCGCCAAGGCCCAGUACAACGCGGUCACUUGGACCUUCCAGCAGGCCAUGCAAGACUACAACCAAGUCGAGAUGAACCAGAGAGAGAACUGCAAGAUCCGGAUCCAGCGGCAGUUGGAGAUCAUGGGCAAAGAUGUGUCCAGAGCGCAGAUAGAGGAGAUGUGCGAGGAAGGCAAGUGGGACGUCUUCUCGGAGAACCUCCUGUCCGAUGUGAAAGGGGCCAGGUCGGCCCUGAACGAGAUCGAGAGCCGGCACAAGGAGCUGGUGAAGUUGGAAAGCCGGAUCCGGGACGUGUAUGGCCUUUUUCUCCAGAUGGCUGUGCUCGUGGAGGAGCAGGGGGACACCCUGAACGUCAUAGAGAUGAACGUGGAAAAGACCCAGAGUUACACCGGAGAGGCAAAAGCUUAUGUGAAGAAAGCGGUGGAGUACAAGAAGAGGAAUCCUUGCUGGACACUUUGCUGUCGGUGCUGCCACUGA